AUGGUGUGCUCUUUAUUAGAAGAAGAUAACUUAAGGACUGAAAAUAAUGCUCAAGAAAAAUGGAAUCGAAAAAAUAAGAAGCAGAGAAAAAACAAUUCCUAUCUAACUCCAAAUCCCCAUUUAAGAUAUUUGACCCUGAUCAAGUCAAAUAGUAAGAGAACACUACCAGUGUUAAAAAAUGGAUCAAGGUUUGAAGAACUGAAAGGAUGCAGAACAAAUGCAUUUGAAGGGAGAGUUAUAUUUAAUAACACGUGCGCAUUUGACUCAUUGGCGUCACUUAUCAUGGUAUCAUAUUGUGACAGUCAAAAAUAUUCAGAAAUGUUGGAUAUUUCUGAAAAUUCAGAUUUUAUAAACUUUAUUUGUAAAAUUUUGAAUUCUGGGAUAACAUCUGCAUCAUAUUCACAUAGAGCUGAUUUAAUUAUAAACAAUUUGACUGUUGAAAUAAAAGAAACGGAAUAUGCCACUAUAUUAGUUGUAUGUGCAUCUACUAUUGGCCAUGUAAUUGACUCUUUGAUGGAGAAGUAUUCACCAGCAAAAGAAAUUUCGAACUGUCCAGUGUGUAAAAAUAUCAAUAAACGAAAAAUUAUGCAUUUCACAUUCCAAAUUAAUGAUGACGAUAAUAUUUCUAAAUUACAAAAUUUCUUUGAUGAGCGUUUAGAAAAAGACUUUUUAAUUUAUGGCCAUAAUGAUUGCAAAGGUCUUAAGACAGUCACUACUGACAUUUCGGAAAUGCAUAUAUUUAUUGAUAUUCUUAUUUGGGAAGGUGAAGAAGCCAUUUCCAGCCAACGCAGUAGUAAGGCAGCAACCAUUUUUAAGAUAAAGCUGUGUGGCAUACCGGAAUUAAUAACAGUAAAAUCCACAGUAUAUGAACUAAGAGGUGCUGUAGCUUUUCAACGCCCUAAAAGUUCGUUGAGAAAUUCUGUUGGGCACUAUACAACAUACACAAAAAGAGGAUCUAAAAAUUGGGAGCUUUAUGAUGACCUCAAGACACUUCCUGUCCAAGUGAAAGAGCAGACAAUAGUUCCGGUCGAAUUUUUGUUUUAUUCUGUUUAA